GGCAGCAUAUUUCUCAAGUGUGGAGUAUUUUAUCCCAAUGAAAUGGACUUGCACUACCAACAAUAUCUUUAAGACGCGUCUUUCUUAUUUAAGAUGUGCAUUUUCAAAUAGCGGAUAUGAAGAAGAGGAUGGGAUGUUGGCAGAAGGGCCGUGCAUGGAAACAUCAAGACAUGCCGUUCCGUUGUAACCUCUUCUGCUCAACAAUAUCUGUACUAGAUACCGGGAAAUAAACCGUGUACACGCGCAUACGAGCAACCCGAUCGCGUGCAGUAUAUGUAUGAAGCCGCCAGGAUAAACAUUUGAUAUGAUAAAAAGAUGACCGGGAAUUCUUUAUUUUGUCCAAUUUUUUUUCACAUGUAUACGCAUUAAACGCUGUUUGUUUCAUCGGAUUUGAUUACUUCAAUCAACAACAUCGAUAUUCUGUAUUUAUGGCCGAAUUGUCAUCAUGAUAUCGGGUGUGUAAAAGGGGCGCGCGCGUGAGCCGCAUCCGCGCGAGGUGCAUCUCAACAUGACAGUAAUGUACAAAAAAAGAAGGAUACCAAGCGGGAAGGCCUGCGGCUAUCCAGGAGAAAUCUUAUCAGGGUCGGUUGGCAUGUCUUGAAUAAGAAACGAGCAAAAUGGAGAGCUCAGGUUCUAGGAUGGUCUUGAGAAACUCACGCCAUUUGCUUGGAUGUUGCGUGCUUCUGCUCGUGGCCAUGAUGUUGGUGGGCUUCAUGACGACGUCUAGCACACCUGUGACAGUGGAGCUCCCAUCUAACAUGUCCAGAAGAAGCCUCAAUCAGCUUCCAUCAAGAACACAUUCACCUCCUGCCUUAUCUUCAUCAUCAUCAUCUUCCUCAUCAUCUCAACACUCUGAAAGAACCAGGCGUCCAGCACACAGGCCAUCUGGUACCAAACAUCCCAUGUCCCCUGGUCGCCAUGACAGUGCCUCCAGCAUAGAUCCCACUUCCUCUCUUGGCCCCGAAGGGUCGGGUAACUUAGGAGAUGGGGCUCAGGGCAUUCACCUGCUGUUACGCCCACCAGACCUUCUAACUCCCAGCCAGAUGCCUCCUAUUCGUGAGGACAGAGCACCUACUCCAGCCCCUCCCACCCUGGUGGCACCUGAGGACCUGUAUCCCGCCCACUCCACCGAGGUGGAUUGGGGUUCUGGAGACUAUUUGGAAACUCUUACGUUCAUGGGAUCUGAAGGGGAGGAGUUUUCUCUGGUCACCACCCUCCCUACGCAUGGAUACGAUCCAUAUGAUGCUGAAGAUGAUACUACAGUCAGCUACAACACAGAGUUCCCCUCUCGUCCAAUCUUGCCCCUCUCCUCUAGAGACCUCCAACCCAGCAGGACAAUAAAAUAUGGAACUAAUUUAAGGACGGCCCACCCCACUGAUCCCCGCCUCCCAUUGGCUCCUGACUCCACCCACAUAAACGAUAUGGAGGAUGACCUGGAUUUUGACUGGGCAGAGCUUUUUCCGAUUGAGCCAACUGAAAUGCUGCUUCCUGACAUGAACAGUAUGGAGUACUACAACACAUUGCAAGCCAAAGAGAAUGCUAGUAUUGCGAGAAAUAGGACGCAUCAUGCCCACCCUCAUAUUACCCCCACCCACACUACUGUGGGACCAACCCACACACCUACUGCCACUUUGGGAAAAGUCCCAGAUCAUAUUGACCAAACUACUCCUCAACCCAGUCCACCUGUUACAUCCAAGAAGCCUACAAAGCCCCCAUCAUCAACUUCCACCGAUACCCAACGACCCCCUGAAGUCCGCUUAACACCCGAGAAGGGUACUCCUUCCAUACCUACUCAUGUGGGCAAAACCCACCCAGUGCCGGCCACCCAGCCUCCACCUAGCACCUCAGAGGGUCCAGUAAUACAGGCUGUCACCCUGAAGCCUCCAACUGCUACAAAAUCACGUACUACCACCAUCAAAACCACCACCAGACCUACAACCACCACUACAGUUAAAACUAUGACUACCUUGAGCUCCACCAGCCUCUCCACCAAAAGUCCACCACCUACAACCCCCAGAAUUCCUUUGUCCAUUGCUCCCCGACUGUAUGUCUGCAACAUCACCAAACCAGACAUGUACCUGGUUAGAGUGGGUAUGACCAGUGGUUCAUCAGUGGCGUUUGCCAAAGCUCAUGUGCGGGAGAUUCUUAGACGAGAGUUUAACCGCUCCGUUGAGCUACAGGUCCUCAAGGCUCCACCCAAUUUCAUUUUCCGGGCAGUCUCUGGUCCACUGGUGUACAAUGCUGUGUCAGUUAUCAAUUCUCUCCGCCAAUCAGCACACAGCACUUCCUCCUCUACCAUUCUGUCAAUCACACCCAUAUAUGCAGUGCCAGAUUACAUACAUCAGGUCCAUACAGUGCUACAGUUUGUACCGAGUCAUGUGGACGUGCGUUUGUGCAGCUUCAGUGAGCGUGUGGAAAAGGGGCUGCUCAUGGCGUACGCGGAAGUGCGCAAGCGCUCGCAGGAAAAUGGAAAUUUCACAAUCCAUAUUGUGAAUAUCACUAGCAGCCUUCCUAAAGGCCAGCGUCAGCAAAAGGCACCAGUGGACAUCACCUUUGCUGUGCAUGAUUCCCAAGGCUUCCUGAUGGGAUCAGAUGUCAGUGGCCACAUGAGGCAGCUCAGCGCAGUGGAGUUCAGCUUCUACCUCGGUUUUCCUACCUUGCAGAUCGCUGAACCUUUUCACUACCCCGAACUGAAUGUGUCUCAUCUGUUACGUGCAUCCUGGGUGAAAACAGUGUUGCUGGGUGUGUUGGAUCAGCGUGUGAAUGAAAGAACCUUUCAGGCAAAGAUGGAGAGGCGAUUGGCCCUGCUGGUUGGAGAAGGUCUUGGAUUCGGGGCUGGCAAUCGUCGUUGGAGAAGAGCUACUUUUAUUGGCAACAACAGUGUACAGAUUGUGCAGGCAUUUCGCCUGGAUGGGCCAGAGCACCCAUUAGAGCUGGUGUAUUUUGUGGAGGUGGGGUCAGGAGAGAGAUUGCCAGCUCAGGCCACUGCGGCCAUGCUCAAUAGACUCAACCUGCAGAGAGCUGCAAUUGUGCUGGGCUACCGGGUACAUGGAAUUCUAGCUACACCGGUGGAGAAGCUGGCCCUGCCUCCCUCUGAGACUCAGCCCAGUAAUGUGUGGCUGAUCGUGGGGGUCGUGGUUCCUCUGCUGGUGGUCAUCCUCAUUAUCAUCAUCCUCUACUGGAAGCUCUGCCGCUCUGAGAAGCUGGAGUUUCAGCCAGAUGCCAUGAGCACCAUCCAGCAGAGACAGAAGUUGCAGCCUCCCAGUGUAAAAGGCUUUGAUUUUGCAAAGCUUCACCUGGGCCAGCACAGUAAAGAUGACAUCAUGGUAAUUCAAGAGCCUGCCCCUUUACCGCCCCCUGUUAAAGAAGCCACACCCUCUGAGGGCGGAGAAUUGAACACACCCAAAUCAAAGAGCUCGUCCACGAAAGCAUCACGUGCUGCACGGAGAAGGGGCAGAUUGUCUCCGUCUGAUGGAGAUUCAUUAGGAAGUGAAGCAUCCAGUGGCAGAGAAUCAGCAGAGGAGAGCACCAGACCUGCUGUAACACCAAGUGACAGCAAACCCCAACAUCGCAAGAGCAAGCAUGCAAAAAACAAACUUGGUGCUCAGCCUGGCAGUGGUGCAGAUGAGCAGUUGUCCUCCUCGUCCAUAUUUGAACAUGUGGACCGUCUAUCCCGAGGCUCAUCCGAUGGAACACGCAGAGUGUCCAAUAAAAUUCAGCUUAUAGCCAUGCAGCCCAUGCCAAGUCCGCCCCCUCAUUCACACAACCAAGACCUGAGUCCCAACCUAACAGAGAAGAUGCCUGAUGGAGCAAAGGUCAACAGUGAGAUCCAGGUAGCCUUGAGGCAUAAAUCUGAGAUUGAACACCAUCGCAAUAAAAUCCGCCUGCGUGCCAAGAGGAAGGGCCACUAUGAGUUCCCUUCCAUGGAGGACAUCAUGGCUGUGUUUGGCGACAGCUCCGAGCAGCAGCGAGUGUAUCAACAAGCUCAGGAUCAGAUACGCAAGAUUUUGCACCCAGAGGAACACACACACUCAUCAUGUGGAGAGCCACGCAAGAGUUCCAGAGGACGACACUCUCCCAGACAGAGACAGAGACAGAAUCUGAGUGGUAGUGGUAGUCUGAGAGACAAAGAUCGCCUCAUUACUGAUGGGGACGCCACAUACAGGAAGUACCCUGGGGUCAACAAUGUGGCAUAUGUGUCUGAUGCAGACCAGCUCCCAGAUGCAGGUAGCCCCUCCCCCACUGAUGAGGUGUUUUUAGACCCUGGAUCUCCGCCUCCUGGUCCUGCCCCUGCCCCAACCACUUACGUCCCACCUCAACCAACCAUUGAAGAAGCCCGCCAGCAGAUGCACUCCUUAUUGGAUGACGCCUUUGCGCUUGUCUCGCCCUCCUCUCAAGGAAGCUCCGCCCCUUUGACAUUCACUGGCGUUACUGCAGUGACUGGAGUUGGAGAAAUCAGCCCUGGUCAACCGUCAAGCCCGUCCUCACAGCCUUCACACCAGUGGGGUUCUUCCUCUUACCCCGCAGCCCCUGCACACAGUCCUUUCUCGGCAAGGUAUGCCGAGUUAGGAAUGUCUCCCACGUCAGUCCAAGGCUUGCUGCAGAGGCAGGAGCAAGGCUCUGGGUAUCUAAUGUCAGGAGAGAUGCAGUCAGAUCGUGUUUACUCCAACAGGAGGCAGUAUGGAGAAGACCUUCCAUCUUCUUUUCGGCCACGACCAGUAGGUGGCAGCACAGGUGCACAGUUGCAUCAGCUAACACAGGUGGGUUUGUCGAGUCGAAUUGGACUGUACCCUGGUGUUGGCCGUAGUGUAUCGGGGCCGUCGGGGUCCAGCUGGGCCCAAUACCGCUCAGAUGAAGAGAUUUCCAACCAGAGGCCUGGAUCCAACCGAGACAAUAUUUUGACAUUCCCUGAGUAUUCCUCCUCACCUGUAUUCCAAAUGCCCAGGACAGCCCUACAGGAACCCACGACACCCCAGGUCCACCUGGAACCCUCUACCGCAGGGUACAUUGCCCCUGAGGAGCGUUCUCCACCCACUCACUCCUCCGCCUCCCUCAUAAAGGCCAUCAGGGAGGAACUUCAGAGACUUUCUCAGAAACAGACGGUUCUUGCCAGCUACCACAGUUGAGAUAAACCCAAACCCCAGUCAUGGGUAACUUCCUUUUGCAGCUAUUAGCUGUGAUGUACCACCACAUAAGCAUCCUCUCAAAUCCUAACACAGCUCCAUAGCUGAGAAGCUGCUUUACAUAAACCCAAACCAAAAUCUUAGGCCAGAAACAUACUUUUUGCAAGUACACAAACUCAGAUGCGAAUGUUUGGCCCUAUUGUUCUCGUUGAACAUAAAUGUGUGCUCUCUUUUGUUGCUGUGCCGGUGACAUGUCAACUUUAACUAACUCGCUCAGCAAUUCCUUUAAACUGUUUGAAUGACCACCAUGAAUGACAUUAGAGCCCCUUGUGGCAACCCUGAGAAUGAAUUGCGUUAAGAAUUACCACCUGAUACAUUUUGGAACACAACAACGCACAAAAUCGAGCUUAGGUAUAAGCAUUUGCAUUCAUAUACUUGUGUAGAUCAUGUUUCAGGCCUUAAAAUUUAAGUACGGCUGGUCUGUUACGCAUGAAGAAAUUCUGAAAAUCUGAAAAUCUUACGUACUAUCAUUGCCAGUACAUUCACAAUUAAAAUUUCACUGCUGAUAUGCAGAAAUGAACUUCAAUACCCUCUCCUAUAUUUCACCAAAAAAAAAAAAGACAUCUUUCGUAACAAGGACUUGUCCAGAUUGUUUAGGAAAAAUAGACAACAUUGCCCCAUAUUCAGACUCUUAAUAUGCAUGCUGAGAGCUGUGAACUUUCCAGACUUACUGUUGACUGUUGCUAAUGUGAACAUUCCUUCCCUUCAAAUCCAUGUCUGUCGAAGUGCUUCCUUCAAAUGGAUCAUCCUCAUGUCUCCAAACUUCCUCUGGUGCUAAAAAUCAUUUCUUGCCUCCAUCACAAUGCCACAACAUGGCCCAGCCCAGAAACUCUGAAAUGGCAUCUUUACCUCUCGCCUUUUGUUGCUUUAGUUCUCUCGCCUCUUCCCUGUUCUUCCAUUUAUUCAAGAUGGCUGAUCAGGUGAAAACAUGUACUCUGUUCCAAACCCCAGUGAGCUGCCUACAUUUUAAGUUAUCAUAGGUCCACUACCAACACAAAGGUUGUUCCACAACUUAAUGAUGCCUUAUAGGUUACCUCAUUUUAACCACAUUCAAAGGCAGCAUCACAUGCGUGCAGAAAGUUCUAAAAAGUCACAUUUUUAUGCUUACUAUAAUAUCGCGCCAUUAGCUUAGCAACAUGCUAACGUCAUACUUUAUUGAAAUCAAUUGCGAGCUGAGUUUCCCUCUGUUUGUGUGCCACAAGCAGUUGCUGCCUUUCAAAUCAGUCACUUCUGAGUUUAUAGCGCAUUACAUUUUAAUUAUUUUAAUCAGAUUAUAGUUACUGACUUUCAGUUAAGUUACAGACCCACUUUUUAUUAGGUGUCUUUAACUAAUAUGUACUUAAGCAUUUGCUACAAUGUACCUAUUAUGUACAUACGUGUUGUUGCAUUGUACUUACAUUUAAAGUACCUGCGUUUUAUUACAGUUACACUGUUAAACUUAUCCCUAACCAUAAACCUUACCCAACCCUUGCCCUAAACCUUAACCCUAAACCUACCAGUACCUUAACCUCAGACUCUGUUUCCACUUGGUAUUACAAUGCAUCACUGUUUACAGCUGGUCGUUUAAAUGCAUCUCCAGUGACCACUUGUGUUCAGAUUUGGAGGGGAGGGUCUCUGUUUCAUGACGACAUACAUCAAUCACUAUGUCAGUGUGUUACUGCAUGAUAUUAAAGUGCAACAAAGUCAGAAAAGACAAAGAAAGCGUGAUAAAACGGUGCACUGUUUCUCCCAGAUGCAAUUUGAAUUUAAUCUAAGCACAAAUGCAACACGUCAAGCAGAAUUGUCAGUUAUUUUAGCAUAUUACCUGUAUUAAUUGUGUAUGUGUAUGUAUCUGCUUUUUUUUAAAGUUACGAUCGGACGGUUAAUUCUUUUAAACUUUAAACACUUGUUUUAGCGCAGUGGUUGAUUGACAGGUCAGGGGCGGCGCUUUACUGCUGUCGAGACGCAUACAGGACGGAUUAGAGUUUACACCUCAAAUGCGAUGUGGACACAUGCGUUUUUGACUACAUUCGUAUGUGGUUUUUGUGAUACGAUCACAAAACGUUUUAGACCCAUUUAGACCUGUAUUUAGUGCUGACCACAUGUGAUUGGAUCACCCAAAACACAUCUUAAUACCAGGUUUUUUGCAGAACAACAUGUAGUUACACAAUAAAUACACUGUAGUAUGUAUUUUAAUGUUUUGUUAAUGUUUAAUGUGGGAUCUUAAAUACUUUUAAGUGCAUUAUUUGGGUUACACAUACAGUAUUUCUAAAAUUAUAUUAUGUAGAACAUCUUAAUGUUCAUCUCUUACAUGAACAUCUUAAGGGCAUGUGCCACUAACGAGUCAAUGAACAAGGAGGAAAUAUAGACACUAUUUUGAAUUUGUUGUGCAGAAAAACAAAAGCUUUGCUCUGAAGUGUUUUAGAAAGUAACUUAAAAGUAAUUAGUAAUGUGAUUACUUUUUCAAUGAUGUAAUCAGUAAAGUCAGUAAUCUGAUUACAAUUUACUUAGUAACUUACCAUUCAGACCGAACUUGUUCUUGUGCUAAAAAGCUAGACGCAACACGGCGAAUAUAAUAAAUGCAGGUGUCUCGAGAUGCAUAAAGUUUUUUCUUACUUGGCAUGCCAUCUAAAAAACUUAAGUCUCCUGCACAAAACGCUGAAAACAGCAAGAUGAUGUGCAAUGGUAAAAGACAUCUGUCUAGCACUUGUAUAUGUAGAAAAAUAUUUGAAAAAUAGCGAACAUGUGCUCGAUGAAAACAACCCCUUAAACGACAGCUGCCUAUAUAGGCAGUGAGGCAGCUCACUAGGUUGUGGAACAUGGUCUUGACAUGGUUUUGACUUACAUUUGAGCUCUGGGUACUUUUGACUCUGCAGGGGAGGGAAGGAGAGUUUUGAAUGUGUCUGCAGCUUGUUGUUGAGAACUUUCUCUGCGUUAGUGAUCUGUGUGCUUUUGAGCUUGUUUGCGUGUUUUUGAACUAGAACUAACAGACAAGCGGUCUCAACUUCCUCCAGAAAAAAAAAGAUUUGGCCUGCUGGCAGCACGGUUCCCAUCUUGAUAACGUCAUUGCUGCAUCCAUCCUAAACUCACUACAGUAUGUCUACAUCUGAGGAGAGAUAUCAAAGGUAUGCAUUCAUGAUACCAGUGUGUAUUAAUCUGAGGUUUUUUUGCCAGUGGCCUGGAGAAGUUUCUCAGUUUACUGAUUUAUUAAUUUUGCACAUUUUCAUCUUUGCACAUUGAUAUCAUGGUGAUGAUGGAAGUCAAUCAGUUUAAGAGUUUAUUGUGGAAAAGAGAGAAGACUAUAAAUAUAUAAAGUUCAUAUUAUAUAAAAAUGUAUAUUGCAUAUUGAUGUAUUGAUCCAUUCAGCACAAACUGAUCAUAUGUUAGAUUAUAUGUUAACCAUAUUAGAUUUAUUUUUUAUUGUUAUAAAAGUAUUAUGUAAAAAUGUUAAAGAUGUUGGAAAAGUAUUGCUAUGGGACAUUUAAAAAAAGACCAAAUCACUGUUGAGGCAUAUAAUACCUUUAGCUUCGUAAUUCAGUAGACAUUCUCAAUGUAUUUUCAUGUAUAUGGUCAUGUGGAUUUGCACAGAAGUAUUGUAAUGAUUGCUUUAAGGUUAAAAGGUUAAAGGCCUUGUUUAAUGUUGUUUUGUACAUGAUUUCAGAGUGUUUUAAUUUUUCUUUCUCUUUUUUUCAUAUUUUCUAAUUUAUUCUGUUUUCCUUUACUUACCAUUUUUCUUUUAAUUCUUUCCCCUUCUUCCUGUCUUUUAUUUUUUAUCCUUCUUUCCUUCCUCCUUUCAUCUUUCUUUCUUUCUGUCUUUUUUAUUUCUUUUUUCUCUUUCUUUUUUUCUUAAGUAUGAGGCCUUAAACAGGACGCAUGUGAAGCUUUAUUUCUCUUUAUUUUGUGUGCUAAUGUCUUAAUGGGCAUGCUUAUAGCCUUUAAAAAUAUCGAAAAAACAAGAAACAAGCUUCAUAGAAUUUAGCUUAAUAUGAAAGACUACUAUGUAAUGGUUCAUGAGACUAAACACAAAGCAAAGCACAGAAAAACCAUCUUGAUCAUCAUUGAAAAAAAAGAAAAUGUUCAGUAUUUUGCCAUUUAUAAACCUGAAUAAUAUUUUUGAAAGUAUUUAAAUAUCAAUAUUUAUAAUUAAAAUAUAUCAAAUAGAAGAAGUACUAAUAUGUAAAUGGUCAUUUCUCCAUAUUUAAAUAUUCAGUAUGUAGUCCACAGAUGACUAAUAAGAGGCAAGCAUCAUUGGUAGAGGACCCUUUCCCACUGUGCAAAGACCAACUGGGAAUAUUUUUGUUUGUUUGAUGUCAUUAUUAAUUUGCUUCUUUUUUUUUUUCUUGCAGAUUUUUAAAUAACAACUCUACGCAUUCAUAAAAAAGGAUGUUGAGGAUAAAUAUUAGAUUUACAGUCACUUGAUUAACAUGGUGCUACUUAACACACCACCGUGUGUGUGCGUGCGUGUGUGCGUGUGUGUGUGUGUGUGUGUGUGUGUGUGUGUGUGUGUGUGUGUGUGUGUGUGUGUGUUUGAGAAAUGUUGAGCGUGUGAAACCAUCAAAACCUUACAGCACUGAACUUAAUCAUAUUUAUAGCAAUUAAAAUGUACAAACUCUGAGAUUAACUGAAUGCAGUGUGUGUGUGUGUGUGUGUGUGUGUGUGUGGGCAGGUUUAAGUGGUUUAUGAGGACAACAUAGGUUACAAACUGGUAAUUACAAGGGUAUUAUGCUAUAAAUGUGGUUUAUGAGGACAUUUUUAGUGUCCCCAUAAUUCAAAUCGCUUAAACAUACUAAAUUAUGUUUUUUGAAAAUGUAAAAAUGCAGAACGUUUUUUGUGAGUGUUAGAUUUAGGGGUAGAGUUAGGGGAUAAAAUCUAUAGUUUGUACAGUAUAAAAUCAUUAUGUCUAUGGAGAGUCCUCAUAAUGAUAGCUGCACCAACAUAUGUGUGUGUGUGUGUGUGUGUGUGUGUGUGUAUGUGUGUGUGUGUGUGUGAGCGAGCAAUAAUAUACCUCCCCUUGUCCCUAUGUCAGUGCCAUAGAGGAUGCAACUGGAAUGUAUACUAAAUCUUACAUAAAGUGAAUUCUUAGAUUUUAGUUUUACAUUAAAGGAUAUUUUAUUACUGUCAUCUCUUUCGUUGACAAUGCAAACAUCAUCUUUGCGAUCCCAUCAUGAAGGGAUACAUUUCUCAUUAUAUCUAUCAUUCUGUCUUGUUUAUUUCUCUCUUGGUCUCUGCAAACUGCAUUCCACUAUUUGAUGUUUUAUGUCUCUGUAUUGUUGUGUAUAUUAAAUAAUAAACAAU